AUGGCGCAGUUCCUGAUGGAGCAGAUCCGCUACAUGCACGAGGAGAUCGAGAUGAUGGAGAAGGCAAUCGCCGAUCUGAUUGAAGAGAAGGUGCAGAAGAAUAAGAAGAGGAGCAUCCGUUAUGACUACUCCAUCAGUUACCUAGUGGAGAAGAUACAGACAAAGUCGAGGUUGCUGCUUCAGUACUACAGGGAUGAGGACAAUUUGAAGAAGGAGGAGAUGCAGUUCAUUUCGGGGAAGAUGGUGAAAGGUGACAAAGCGGGAAAGGGCCAAGAGGAAGAGGAGGAGAAAGACGAAGCGGAAGAGGACGGGAAAGACGACGAGGAAGAAGAUGACUCACACGAACGGAACAACCUGUGGCAAAAUUACUACGAACGGGUUAAGUACAUCCGAGAUUAUCACAAAAAAACCAACAUAAAAAAAACCGAAAUUAGAAACUACAAGGCAUACAAAUAUGAAGCACUGAAGAAUAACAGCCUCAAGGAGAGCUUCUCCCCGGUGGAGAGAAAAGGAAAAUACGUAGACAUGCACAGAUUCUACGACCAUUUUGUAAACAUAAAGAAGGUGAAAAAUUUUAGGGUUAGUGUAUAUCGGAAAAAGGAGUUAGCAAGUCAAAAGAAACGAAACAGUGCAGAGAAGGAGACGGAGAAGGGAAAAAAGAGUUACCCCUCUAAGGGGGGAAAAUCCAACGAAGGAGAAUUCAAAGAAAUGGACUUAGUAACAUACCUUCACAAUUUCACCCGCUUCUAUUACAUCCCAAGGUACUGCAAAUAUCGAAAUGAAGAAUAUAAAAAAUACGUGGAGAGUCUAUUAGCCUAUCUGAUGAACUUCUUCUCCAAAGUGAAUGUCCUGGUGGAUUGCCAGAAAAUGCACACACAAUAUGAGAAGAAUUUUGAAACAAAAUUUAAAGAGAAAGAGAUUAAGGAAUGGGAAAAAUACACUUACGAUUUGGACCUCUACUGUAAUGUUAAUGACAAACUGUACGCAUCGGAGGGGACAUUCAAUUCGUACAAGAAUAGCAAACACUACGAUGAGGACUUAAAGAAGUAUAUGCAGAAAGAGUACAGCGUGGAGCAGCUAGAAGAUUUUAAGAGGCAGAUCGAACGGGACGACAAAGAGCUAGCCAAAUGUGAAUACCUCAUCGACCUAUAUAAAAAUGUUUUAAAUAAAAUCUUCCAGAAGACCAUUCAGAAGAUACAGAGGAAGCAGGCUUUCAGUGUGGACGAACUACAAAAAAGAAAAAAAGCGGAGAAAAGGAAUGAUCACCUCUUAACUUUACGUGAUCGUGGUGGCUCCCACAGCAAUGAACAAUAUGAUGAGGGGAAUGACUUUCCCCAUCUGUACAAUUCGCACACCUUUGACCCCUCCUCCGAGGAUGAUGAUGAAUCCACAGAUUCGUCCGACGGGGGUAGUCUAACCGGUGAUGGGAAGAAAAAAAAAAAAGGAAAAGGAGCUGGCGGAGCGGACGAAGCGGACGAAGCAGACACGGAAGACGAAGAUGAGGAUGAAAAACCUAUUUAUAACCCCUUGAAUCUACCCCUAGGACAUGAUAAUAAGCCCAUACCUUACUGGCUUUACAAAUUGCACGGGCUGUCAAAGGAGUAUACAUGCGAAAUCUGCGGCAAUUACUCCUACUUUGGCAGGGCCCAGUUUGAGAAACACUUCUACGAGUGGAGGCACUCCUUCGGCAUGAAGUGCCUGAACAUCCCAAACACGCUGCACUUUAAGGAGAUCACCAAGAUUGACGACGCGCUAAACCUGUAUGAGCGGCUGAAGAAGCAGACCCAGAUGAACGUCUUCAAGCCGGACCAGGAGGUCGAGUGCGAAGACUCCAAGGGGAACGUCAUGAAUAUGAAGGCCUACGACGAUUUGAAGCGCCAAGGGCUGCUCUAG